UUUACUCUUUUUAGUUUCUUCCCUUCUUCCCGUUUCAAUUUGGAAAUUCCUGCAAAUACUCAAUUCCAGCUUCUCAGUUGAAUCAUGGAGUCAUCAGCCUACGAGCUGAAUGCCUUAUCAUCGUGGGAAUAUCUGAGUCUAUUCCUCUUUCGUCCCCUUCUUGCUAUCAUCUUCGUCCUCUCCUUACUCCUCUUAGGUUGGUUCUUGGCCUGGAAAUUAGUUCUGGUUCAUGUACCUUUGGUACAAGAAAUAUUUGGUUUGCGGAAGAAACCCGUUAACCGGAAACCCGAAAAUCGGCGGCGGUUGACUCAAUUCUACAACAACCUGAACUCACAAUCUUCUGUUUCCCAAUGGUGCUGUGAUAUAGUUAGUGGAACUUCAAAGGAUUGAUGAUUAGUUUUUCUUUUUCCCUGUAUCCACAACCCCGCUAAGGAUAUGCCAGAGGGUCAUGAGAUACAUGUGCUAGGCAAUAGAAGUCUUUGGUGGUUGAAGACUGACUGUCUUGGUCUCAUAAAACACAAACAUAGCAGUGGUAGUCAGAGUAGUUUUACCUGUGAGAUGAAUAUUUAAGCUCUGAUCUUGCUAGGUGUCAGAAGUAUCACUCGUCCUUGUUAGGUAACUACAGAUUUGAACAUAUUUUGAGGAGAGACAUUUGUUAACAUGCAACAGUGAGGAAACAGAUUCGUUGAUGAGCAAGCUUUCUCUCCUCUUCUUUAAGCGUCGAAAUUUUAAGGACACUGUCACAUUUUGUUGUAUUAUUAAGUUUUGCGUUAACAUAGCAUAUCUUGUUGUUAAGAAAUACAUUCUUUCACAGAAAAGCUUUAUCUUCAUUUGUCAUUUCAGCUUUAACAUUUUAAGGAAGCUGUCAUAUGUUGUUGUA